AUGUCGUCAGAAGGAAAUAUCACCCUGGCGUCGAAUGUCCUCGGAACGAUUGGCACGGUUCUUUGGUGUAUCCAGCUCCUACCGCAAAUUUGGUUCAAUUGGCACAAAAAGAGCACAGAGGGACUCCCCGCUACAAUGAUGUUCUUAUGGGCAAGUUGCUCCGUCCCGAUGGGUACAUACAUGAUCCUCCAAAUUCAGCCUCACAUUGUUGGACUGCUCUCAAUUGCUAGCUGGGGUCAAAUUCUCCAUUACAGCCAUCACUACGGAAAACUCAAGACCGUAUUGAUAUGCUCAGGCUUACUUCUCCUGUUGGGGGGUUUGGAAACUAUGUUGAUUCUCACACUGAGGUGCCAGAUCCCCUACCGCAAUGAUGUUACGUGGCCCAACACUGUAGUCGGCGUCAUAGGAGCUAUCCUCCUUAUUGCGGGGCUAUUACCUCCAUACUUUGAGUUGUGGAAGAGAAAUGGACGUGUGAUAGGACUCAAUUGGGUCUUCCUUGUGAUUGACACCCUAGGGGGAAUAUUUUCUCUUUUCGCGUUAGGUUUGAUGCGCCCGUUCCGUGCAUCUUGGGCCCAAAUAGAACUAACACAACAUCUAGCGGCGCAAGGCACCUUUGACAUAUUAGGAGGGACCAUAUAUAUCUUAGUAGUGGUUCUCGAAGGGGGGAUAUAUAUCAGCCAUAUUACUUGGCGUAUACGUUACCGGAGCCUGCGCAAGGAAGCUAAACAGACUGGGAAAAGCAUUGAUGAUCUACUUGUCUUAACCCUUGGCCAUUCACCAGAAACACAAGACGUCGAACAAGGCAUGCCAUAUGACCACAGUUCAAGCGAAUCGAUACCAAGGCUCAUUGAAAGACAGGAGAAAGAAUGA